UGCCGCGUAGUACUCCUGGGGCACAACCCUCGCUUGAGAGCAUGGGUUGGAACAAGGAGGUUCAUGAUGCUGCAAGAAAACAAAUUUGCAAGUUUUGGUACUUUUGCAACAUUCCAUUUAUUGCAGCCAGGUCUCCUUAUUGGCAAGGCAUGGUAGAUUCCAUAACCAUUUGAGGUGCGGGGUUUAAAGCCCCUACUGAUGUUGAGUUAAGUGGCCCCCUCUUGUUACAAAUGGUUGAGGAUAUGAAAGUUGAGCUAGAGGACCACCGACAGUCUUGGAGCCAAAAGGGUUGCACCAAUGAUAGAUGGUUGGACGGAUAGGAGGAAUAGAACACUCCUAAAUUUUCUUGUUUCCUACAGAGGUGAUUGAUCAUGAUUCAUUCUAAUUUGUACUUCCCUAAAUGCAUUGAAUAAAUUAAAUUUUGAUUUGUUGAAAGUUUUAAACUCUAUUUUCAAGAUCCACCAUGUUCUUGAAGUCUAUUGAUGCUUCCUCACAUGUGAAAAAUGCCACAUACUUAUGUGAGGCUAUUGAGGAAGUCAUACAAGAGGUGGGGGAAGAAAAUGUGGUGCAGGUGGUGACAGAUAAAGCAGCAAAUUAUGUUGCUGCAGGUAAACUUUUGAUGGAUAGGCACCCGAAAAUUUUUGGUCUCCUUGUGCGGCCCAUUGCCUUGACCUCAUGUUGGAGGAUAUUGGUAAGCUUGAAUGGGUGAAAUCAACAGUUGAAAGGGCCAAAAAUAUCAGCAAGUUUAUCUACAAUCAUGCAUUGGUCCUUAGCAUUAUGAGGCAAUACACGGGGCAAAAGGAGUUGGCUCGUCUUGGUAUCACGAGGUUUGCCUCAAACUUCCUCACACUGAAAUCCUUGAUAAAAUCAAAGGCGGCUUUGAGGCGUAUGUUUGUUGGUGAGGAGUGGACUUCCUCAUCCUAUGCUACGACCACUGCAGGGAUAGAUGUGGUAAAUUGCAUUUUUGAUGAGCCAGGUUUUUGGACCCCCUGUGGAGAAACCGUGCAGGUCACUGAGCCCCUCGUAGUUCUCCUACGAGUUGUUGAUGGGGAGAAGCCCUCUACGGGCUAUAUAUAUGAGGGUAUGGAUAGGGCCAAGGAGGCCACUAGGUCCACAUAUGCAGGAGAUGAGGAUAAGUAUGGCCCCAUUUGGGAGAGUAUUGAUAGGAGAUGGCAGAACCAGCUUCACAGGCCCAUCCAUGCAGCAGCCUAUUACCUCAAUCCGACAUUUCGAUUCCGUGAUGACUUCAAGGCAGAUGAGGAGGUUCUUAGUGGCCUGUAUACAGUGGUUCAGAAGUUGUGUACUAAUGGCACAGCCUCAAGUACAACGCUCCAGCUAGAUAAAUAUAAUAAUCGAGAAGGGGCAAUCUUCACAAGCAGCUCGAACACAAUUGCAGCCAGGUAGAAAUAUAUGUAAACUUAAGAUUCUUAAGUUUAUGGCUUAUGCAUUUUAAUUUUUGAUUUUAUAAUCUAGCCUUAAAGUUGGAAAUGAGUUUGAUUUUAUUUUCUUUUUCGUUAUUUAAGAUAGAUGGUGGCAAAUGUUUGGACCCUCAACCCCAAAACCUUCAAAAAAUUGCCAUCUGUAUUUUGAGUCAGCCAUGCAGCGCUUCUGGAUGUGAGUGCAAUUGGUCCAUGUUUGAGCACAUCCACUCAAAGAGGCGUAAUAGAUUGUCUGUGGAGAGGUUGAAUGAUCUUGUUUUUGUUCAUUACAACCUUCAUCUUAGGACCAAACAGAUUUUGGACACUGACUCCUCUCCGAUCACUUUAGCGGAGAUCGAUCCAGAGUCUGAGUGGAUCACUGAGUCUACCGAUCCCGUCUUCACUGAGGAGGACCAUGAGUGGGUUGACCAGGCAGACAGAGAGGCUGAGGCUAUGGCUAUGGCAGAGGAGGAGGAUAGAGCACGAUCCGGCACAGGCACCUCACAAGCGGAGACUAUGGCUUCUCAGUCAUCCAGGACCUACCUUAAACGCAUUUGUAGGAGGCAGUCAAACUACUCUGAGGCUGAGGAUGAGCUAGAGCCUGAGCCAUAGACUUGCUUUUGUUUACAGUUAUAUAUAUGUUUGGGAACAUUUGAUGUCAUGGAUUUUAUAUACAUUUGACAACAUUUAUAACUCUAUAUAUCUAUGUUUUCUAUUUCCUUCA